AGCCAGGGUGCAGCCGGGAGUCAGUCAGGUUGCGGUUCUGGUGCACGGCGCCCGCGGGAGCUUGUAGUUUGCUACUGUGGCGUCCCUGCCGGAGCCGGCGCCUGCUGGGGCCAGAAGGAGCCGGCAUGGCCUGGGCGCUGAAGCUGCCGCUGGCCGAUGAAGUGAUCGAGUCCGGGCUGGUGCAGGACUUUGAUGCUAGCCUGUCCGGCAUCGGCCAGGAACUGGGUGCUGGCGCGUAUAGCAUGAGCGAUGUCCUUGCAUUGCCCAUUUUUAAGCAAGAAGAGUCAAGUUUGCCUCCUGACAGUGAGAAGGAAAUCCUGCCUUUCCAGUAUGUUCUGUGCGCCGCCACCUCUCCAGCAGUGAAGCUCCAUGACGAGACCCUCACGUACCUCAACCAAGGGCAGUCUUAUGAAAUCCGAAUGCUAGACAAUAGAAAACUUGGAGAGCUUCCAGAAAUCAAUGGCAAACUAGUGAAGAGCAUAUUCCGUGUGGUGUUCCAUGACCGGAGGCUGCAGUACACCGAACACCAACAGCUAGAGGGCUGGAGGUGGAACCGGCCUGGAGACAGGAUUCUCGACAUAGAUAUCCCGAUGUCUGUGGGUGUCAUUGACCCCAGGGCCAAUCCAACCCAGCUAAACACAGUGGAGUUCCUGUGGGACCCUGCCAAGAGGACAUCUGUGUUUAUUCAGGUGCACUGCAUCAGCACUGAGUUCACUGUGAGGAAGCAUGGUGGAGAAAAGGGGGUGCCCUUCCGAGUGCAGAUUGACACCUUCAAGGAGAAUGAGAGUGGGGAGUACACGGAGCACCUGCACUCAGCCAGCUGCCAGAUCAAAGUCUUCAAGCCUAAAGGUGCAGACAGAAAACAAAAAAUAGAUAGAGAGAAAAUGGAGAAACGGACACCCCAUGAAAAAGAGAAGUAUCAGCCUUCCUACGAGACGACCAUCCUCACAGAGUGCUCGCCGUGGCCUGAGAUCACCUACGUCAGCAGCUCCCCGUCUCCUGGCUUCAACAGUUCUCAUAGCAGCUUCUCUCUUGGGGAUGGAAAUGGCUCACCCAAGCACCAGCCAGAGCCGCCCCCUCCUGUCACUGACAACCUCUUGCCGACAACCUCGCCUCAGGAAGCCCAGCAGUGGCUGCAUCGCAACCGGUUCUCCACGUUCACCAGGCUUUUCACCAACUUCUCAGGGGCAGAUUUACUGAAACUAACUAGAGAUGAUGUGAUCCAAAUCUGCGGCCCUGCAGAUGGAAUCAGACUUUUCAAUGCACUGAAAGGCAGGAUGGUGCGUCCCAGGCUAACCAUUUAUGUCUGCCAGGAGUCGCUGCAGUUGAGGGAGCAGCAGCAGCAGCAGCAGCAGCAGCAGCAGCAGCAGCAGCAGCCACAACAGAAGCAGGAAGAUGGAGACUCAAAUGGUACUUUCUUCGUGUACCAUGCUAUCUAUCUAGAAGAACUGACAGCUGUUGAAUUAACAGAAAAAAUUGCUCAGCUUUUCAGCAUUUCUCCUCAGCAGAUCAGCCAGAUUUACAAGCAAGGGCCAACAGGAAUCCACGUGCUCAUCAGCGACGAGAUGGUGCAGAACUUUCAGGAGGAAGCCUGCUUUAUUCUGGACACAAUGGAAGCAGAGGCCAGUGAUAGCUAUCACGUCAUUCUGAAGUAGGAGGAGCGCUCCACACUGGCUGCUGCUGCCGCCUGCACCUCCUGACGACUGCAGAUGGAAGGUCUUCAGGAGCCUGGCUCGUCAGACUGUCUGGGGUACUGUGCC